CGUUUACUUCCCUGUUCUCCUCGCUUUUGGAACAAAGGAUCCAACCUUAAAUACAAACAAUUUUGUUUCAUAAUUUCCUCAGGAGCCUGUCUGCAUGUGUCUAAAACUAGUUUUGUCUCUUCUGGGUCAAUCUCAGGAAGUUUAAUGGAUCAGUAGAGUGAAGUCAAUCUCUUUGAGUGUCUGGAUUUGCUUGAAUAAAACCGGGCUCUACGGGGAAAAUCAUGUUGUAUUCUCUCAAUACAACUAUGCCCAAGAGGCCUAAUCUGCUCUUUGUUAUGUGUCUCCUCAUCAUGAUCACAGCAGUCGAAAAAUUUGCAGUUUCUGAGAGUUUAACAGCAGACUGCAGCCUUCAUUUUGAGCCUUCAGCAUCAGAUAAUACAGCUUGUGAAGGGGGAGAUUGGGGUGGAUUUCUGCAGAAAAACUGCUGUGGUUCAUCAUUCCAGAUAUACCUCUAUGCAUUGGGGCUGCGGACAAAUCAAACCGGACGGCUUUUCUUGAAUUCCAGUGAGCAGAGUAGUUGCCUGACUUCACUGAAGACAUUUGAAGCAGAUGUAUUCAGUUGUGGCAUUGAGAAGCUAACAAGUGGUGCUGGUGACUGCUCUGACUAUUCUGUUGGUGAUGUUAUUCACCAUCUGGGGGAAGAACUGAAAAGUUUCGGUGAACAUUGUAACUUCCCAGGCUCUGGUGAGCAGUGGAAUCAAACUUGUAGCUCCUGUGUGAGAAGUUGGCGAGCCAUAGGAGAAGCAUAUUCGACAGCCUCUGAUGGCUUGUCAUUGCAGAAUGAAGCUGAUAUCUGCAGGUUUGCAGUGAUGUUAUCAUUAACAAGUAGUAGAAUUGAAGAUGAAAAUUAUGUCCAGAAUGUUUACAAAUGCCUUGCCGAGCAAGAAAGCUACUCCGAAAGGAUCAAUUCUAGAUUCUCUCUUUGUUCUGCAGAGAAUCGAGUAUCACGCAAUAACAGGAAGAAGAAACUUGAUGCAGGUUUUUGGAUUCUGAUUGGAGGGAUCCUUGCAACCAUAAUUGUUACUGCCUUAUUCAUUUUGUUCAAAAGAUUCUAUAAAUCAAAGCCACCAUCAACAAGACCUGCCUUAUUCAAGGAUGUUCAACUAAAGGAUCCUGGCUGUCCAAAAUUUCCAAUCAAGGAGGUGUAUUCUGCCACACAGAACCUAAAUGAAUUAAAUCUCAUUGGUGAAGGAACUGCAGGAAAGGUUUAUAAAGGUGUGCUGUCCAGUAACCGGCAUGUUGCUAUUAAGCACAUUAUCAAUGAUGGAAAUGUGGAGACUUUUGUCAGAGAAGUUGCAAGCUUAUCUCAUGUUAGACACCCGAAUCUUGUCGCCUUGCUUGGCUAUUGCUUAACUGUGGAUGAGGGUUUUCUCAUUUAUGAAUUAUGUCCCAAUGGCAAUCUCUCAAAAUGGAUUUUUAGGAAGGAUAAGACCCUAUCGUGGAUCCAAAGGCUUGAGAUUGCGAUUGAUAGUGCUCGAGGUCUUUGGUUUCUCCAUACUUAUUCAGAAGGCUGCAUUGUUCAUCGCGAUAUCAAGCCAACAAACAUUCUCCUUGGUCCAAAUUUUGAAGCCAAGCUUUCAGAUUUUGGCUUGUCAAAGGUUAUUGAUCUGGGGGAAUCCCAGGUGAGCUCUGAAGUAAGAGGAACUUUUGGCUAUGUUGAUCCUGAGUACCAAAGCAACUGCCAAGUGAAUUCGUCAGGCGAUGUUUACAGCUUUGGAAUAGUACUUUUGCAAAUUCUCUCAGGGAAGAAAGUCAUUAACAUGAACUUGAAGAGACCAAUGCCUUUAAAUAAAGUGGCAAAAGUCCUAACAAGAGGUGGCAAUAUAAUAGAAUUUGCUGAUCCUAAACUUAAUGGGAUGUACUCAGCCGAAGCUUUCGAUGUCACACUUCAAUUGGCUCUGUCAUGCACAGCCCUUAAGCAUCAACGACCGUCCAUGGAGCAAGUUGUUUUAACAUUAGAGAAGGCCCUGCACAUAUCAACAACAGCUAAAGAAUCAACCCCUGAAACUUCAACUGAACAUUUUUACACUCCUGAGAGACAAGUUUUGAAGACUGAGAUUUAGUGCCUUGUUCAUUGUAGCAAUAAUUCCCAUAACAGAAAGCAAAUUGAACAAUAAUUUUCUCAAUC